CAGUCUUUCGAACCAGUCUGCUUCAAUAGAGCAAAACAGGCUUCGGAGCCUCGCGGUGUCAAACGUCCCAUCUCUACUACAAACAUUUUCUUUUGUUUGGGUUUAAAACACGGCAGGAAGAUUGAAUUAUAUGGUUUUUAAAAAAUCAUCAACAGGGAAAAAUACAAAUGCUACAAAAAUAAAUAUAAACGUGUACGUUAAAAGGCUAACCUUAGCAUGUAAAUGUACACGGCAGGACAUACAGUAUAUUAGGAGACUUAUUUAGUGUGCGACUUUUUCUGAGAGCAAUAGCGUUGAUCCGGGCAUGCGCAAAACAAAACGGGCGUGUUUUAAAUCAGAUCCUCCCAAAUGUCUGAAACUGCGCAGUGCGCAGGGCAAAAGCGACCCUCUAACCGGGAUCCAGAACUAAGGAUAUUAACCGACGUUUAUCUGGCGGUGUGUGGUUUCAAGAACGCGAGUCAACCCACGAGAGCAAGAAAUCACGAGCAGAAGUUCACCGAAGUUUCUCCGUAUUCAUCAUGGAGGAGAAGAAGGAGGAGGAGGAGAGCGAAGAGGAGAUCCACGAACACGGACCCGAGCACUGGUUCUCCAAAUGGGAGCGCCAGUGCCUCGCGGAGGCCGAGAGGGAAGAGCCGAGCGAGGAGGAGGUGGAGCAGAACCAGGAGAAACUCUGGCACCUCUUCCAGAAUUCCGCUACGGCGGUGGCGCAACUUUAUAAAGAUCGAGUCUGUCAUCAGCAAGGACUGUCAUUGUGGUGUCCAUUUCAGAACGCUGCAACAGCAGUGACUAAUCUUUACAAAGAGAGCGUUGAUGCACACAAGAGGAGCUUUGACUUAGGAAUCCAGAUUGGCCAUCAGCGACGUAAUAAAGAUGUUUUGGCCUGGGUAAAAAAGCGAAGGAGAACUAUACGAAGGGAGGAUUUGAUAAGUUUCCUAUGUGGUAAAGCGCCACCACCAAGGACUUCUAGAGCAGCCCCCAAACUGACUGUCAUGUCUCCUAACCGACCACCUUCAUCAGACACAGUAUCAUCUGAAGAGACUGAUUUACAGCCCUUCUGUGAGGCCAUAGCACUACAUG